GGUAAUUCUCAACCUGAUGUACCAACUACUGAGCGCCAUACUUCCCAUACUAGGACCAAGAUGUCCCAGACUGCGGAUAUUAACAGUCCGGAGAAGUCGCGUGAUGCAAACUUGAAUACCUCAGAAACAGAACCAACCAACCCAGCUUCCCUGAGACGAUCUAGACGUCAGCGAUGCGAACCGCUUAAGAUGAGGGAUUUUGUUACAUUUUGAACAUUUAAACCAAAGAAGGAAAGAGAGUGAAUGUGAAAUAAACAAACUAAACGCUAACAUUUCUUAAUCAAGUUUUUUGUUUUUUAUUUUAACUCAAGCAAAUUUUGAAGUCAGAACUGAACCAACAACCAACUCAUUUAUCAACUCAUCUAUCUGGACUUUUUAUUUUGUGAAAUACCUGGACAAUUUAACCUGAACUUUUAAAACAUUUUGUUUGCAACUUGAAGAACUGUUUUGAACUCAAUUAUUUUUCUGCAACUACAAAAAUGUGAAAGUCUCAUAAACUGGUAUUUUGGUUUUAUAUUUUGGAAAUAUUUACAUACAUUUUAUUGUUUGGUUUAUCAUUGAUAUUUUUUCAAUUAUCUACAUUCUCUCUAGCACAAAGCUCAAAGAAGGGAGGAUGUUACAAUAUUGGCAUGUUUAUGAGAUUUUAGGAGCAUGUAAUGAUCCUGCCAAAAGAGGGCGCUACAAACCUUUAGUACUAAUUAAAUGCUACUCGACUAUUAAUACAGAAGCUGUGUAAUUCUGUUUGUUUCUCACUCAUAAUAUAACUUGAAACGGGUCCUUUUUGUGAAAUCUGUAAAUAAUGAAAUUUUACUAUAAUUCAAACAAUAAAAAAAAAACAUAAGAAAUAGUGAGUGAUGGACAUCAUCGACUUUCUCAUUUGCAUAACACUAAGUUGUGCAUAUAACUGUAUUAUGAAAAAUAAGCGAAACUUUGAAAUGUUUUUACAUCCACUUUUAAUGAAAUUUUCAGUGUUAUGCUUGUUUAAUUUCUCUUAUUGAUUCAAAUCAACAUUUCUCUGGGGUGGACUUGACCUUUAAUGUCAUGCACCAUACAGUUACCUAGGAUGCUAUACAAGUAUUUUGAUGGUGUACUCUAUGCAUGUUGUCUGAAGAAAAAAAAUAUAUAAAUAGUGUUUGCUACUUUUUAAUAGGUUGACACAAAAUCCGUAUACUGUACGAAAGUGGACAAAUUUGUAUCACUGAAAAUAUAAGUGUAGCAAAAUGAUUUAUAAUCCAAUAAGUGAAAACCCUAGUUCGCCAGAUAUUCCAAAUUCCAAAUGCAAAUGUAAACAAAAUGAAAAAAAGAAAAGGUAAUGGCAUUUCCGGAGAAGAAAUUGAAUUUCAAGAACAAAGAUUACUUAACUUCAGAACAUGUAAGGAAGCAAAGAUAAAUGCAAAUAGCUAUUCUGGUCCUUAUAGUCACACUUUUCUCAGAAUGAGACGAGGAACCAGCCGUUUUAGAGUGAGAUUUACAUCUUUUGAGAGUGGAUUUACCUCUUUUUGGAGUGAAAAUGUAUAAAAAAUAUACACUGUUCACUUUAGGUGGAGCUAUAAUGAUUUAUUAUUUUUUUAAAUUAAAAUUCCACAGAAAGUGUCGCUAACCAUCCGAUGAGGUUCCGAGAUGAAAAUGGAGUGGUAAACAGGAAUUAUGGAGUCAUUGAAAUAUACCAUGAUGGAGUAUGGGGUCCAAUUUGCGACGCUAGCUUUUACCAAUAUGAGAUCCUUUGUCGUCAGCUCGGGCAUAAAGAUUUGUCAGAAGGAGGCACCCUAAUGAACUACGAUGGGAAGUACACAUCUGAUAGUCCAAUCUGGUUCCGUUUCUCAUUCUGCCCGUCAUACUCUUCGUCUUAUGGUGUUGAACACGACAAGAUCUAUGAAUGCAGACAUGGUCCGUGGGGUUAUUCCGGCGAUUGCAGCAGAGCCUAUUUAGCUACCGCCAGAUGCGUGUAUGUGGACCAGACAUUAGAUUAUGACACUUCAGAUGUUAGUUAUGGCAGUAGUCUAACCGGCUGGGAGGUCCUUCUUAUCGCCGUAGCAGUAGUCGUACCGACCUGUUGUAUCAUCGGCUGCUGCUAUCACAGUCGACGCACGCCGACCAACGCCACCUCCACGGGAGCCUCCGCUGCCUACACAGCCGCAGCUACGAAUGAUAGCCAUGUUGAUGGGGUUUGUGCGGAAUCGCAAACUCCAUCACCGCCCUACGAACCACCAUCCCCGACCCCUGCAGAGUCUCCGCCCACCUAUGAUUCAGUGGCCACGCCCAUGAUGGAUCAAAAUGGCGAUAACCCCAAUGCAGAGAGUUGAUGUAGAUGUAGGAGUGAAUCUGUGCAAACGUCAUUUGAGUGAGAGGGGGGAAAGGGAGGGGAUAAAGAAGGUCAAAUAAUAAGAAGAGGAAGAACAAGAGCAAGAAGAAGAGAAGGUAGAAGAAGAAGAAGAAACAGUAUAAUAAGAAGAAGAGGAGGAGGAGGAAGACGAAGAAUAAGGAGGAAGAGAAGACGAAGAAGAGGGAGACUGAGGAAGAAGAGAGAACACACAAAACAAGAAGGAGAAGGCUAUUAAAAGAAGAAUGGGAGGAGUUAGAAAAACAAGAAAAAAAAGCGAGAAGGUGGGAUGAAGAAGAAAGAAGAAAAGUAGGAGGAGGGGAAUGAGGAGGUUGAAGGGUGGAGAAGGAGAACGAGAAGAAGAGGUAGAAAAUAAAUAAGUGGAGAAUACCCAAUCUAUACUGUAUCCCAUGUAGGGGACAUUCUUUCCAUCUUAUUUAUUAUUCUGUAAAUGUGUAACACUGAUCAAGACGUCAACAUUUUGAUAUUGUAUUUAGUGGGAUGGUGUACAAGUUAAUGUUUUUGAGAUGGUAUGAAGAUACAUUUUGGUGAAUGUAUUCAUAUAUAUAUGCCCUCCCCCAAUCCUUAUAGGGUUAAAGGACUUCUCUAAUGCAAGCAUGACCAAUGCCAUUUUAUACCAAAGAGUAAAGAAUGUGCUCUUAACAAACCAAAUUCCUCAUUGCGUGUGUUUAGGGAAAAGCUGCAAAAAUUGUGGAAAUAUAUUGGUGAAGAUUGUUUGGUAAAAUGCGACUGAUUCUGUGUAAAGUUUACACAAUGUUAGUCAUGAAACAUGUUGAUUACCUCGUUUUUUGUUGUUGUUUUUUUACCAAACAUGUUUUUAUGUUCCCUAUUCACUGAAUAUUUGGCGAAAUUGCUGAAACCCCACGCCAUAAAACAGAACAUCAACUAAGCCUUACUGUACUGAGCUAUUUAGCUCCAUGAAAAUACUGGGGGCCUCGGAGCCCCCCCCCCUCCCCCCCCCCCGAUCUCGUUGGCAAUGCACUUCGCCUGACUCUCCACAUUUUUAUUUAACUUUUUUAUAAGGUCCUUUGAUUAAUAUUAUGCUAGUUUAUGUGUCAAAUCAGUCUUUAACUAAAAAUCACUUGAUAAAGCUCAAAAUUUGCUUAUUUCUGGUCUUGAUACUCUUUGUAGUAUAUUUAGCAAAUCCGACCAUUUAUUGUUCUUUAUUGUUUUUCGAGGAAAUCUGUCGGUGACAGUGUUGCGAACAUAAAUAGCAUAAGAUUAAUAAAUUUGAAAGGGUAAUAAGAAAAAAGAUUUAUACAUUCAUGGUUUUGGGCUGAAAAACUAUAUGUAUUGAAACUGAAUUCAAGUUCUUAAGUAAUUUUUGGUGGUGGGAGUUCUAACUCCAACUUCCCUGCACAACCAUAAUGUUGCGGAACUCCUGAACCACCCACCCUCAGUCCCGGACGUCGCAAAUAUGGUCUUACAAGAUGCGGAAGAUUCGAAAAAAAGAACAAACGUUGCGGCGAAACGUUGAGGGGGCCUUCCAGCCCCCCCCCCCCCCAUCAGUGCAGUAAUGGUCAAGUGCUAUAUUAUUAUUAAAUUUCAAUUUUUUGUGUACACCCUGAUAUAUUCGGAUAUAAGAGUUAUAUAUCUUGCCAUGAUGCUUGAAUUUCAUUAUGAAUUGUUCCAAAUAUUUUGUUACCUAACUGUUGUAUGGAUAUAAUGGGAAACUUCGAUUAUUUGUGAAGUGUUACUUGUCUAUUUGGAUAUAGCAGUAAUAUAUCUUACCAUCAUACUUGAAUUUCAUUAUGAAAUUAUUUCAUAUAUUUUGUUACCAAACUAUGUUGUAAGGUGUAUGCAUAUAAUAUGAAAAUUGGAUUAUCUGUGAAGUGUGACUUGUCUUGUGGAUUUGAAACGGCUUUCAUUAUAUGUGAUUAGUGUUUGUCGAGUGACCAACUGUAAUAAUUAAGGAAAUGAUUCUUGCCACGUACGCAUUGGACAAGAGUUGGUUUUAAUUUCCGUUAUAUUAUAUUUUUAUUAUAAUUUAUUAUAGAAAUAGCCUGUGAAUUGAGCAAGAGAUCAACUUAUAAUCUAGGCAAGAAUGUAUAUGGGAAUUAAUAAUCUGAUUAAUUUGCGGUUAUCAGUUUGUGAGUGACCGAGUCAUUGGUCAUGAUUUUACACUCUAAAAAUGUAGUGCUGAUUUAGCACCAAUGUAGCUUGUAUAUAGUGACUGCACUUCGGGGUGCUGAUUUAGUAAUUCAAAUUUGAACCAGAAAAUCAGCUCUCCAAGGUGCAGUAACUAUUGAAGUUCUGUUAGUACUAAAAGAGUUCUUCAUUAUUAGAGUGCCUUUUAUUUGAUGUUAUUUAAUUCAUUUAUUAAUCAUAUUCACAUUUCAUUACAAAAUAAAUCGCUGAAAAGUUGUACAUGUUACAGUUUCUAGAUCUUGCAAUCCUGGGGCCUGUUGCAUAAAACUUUUUAUCUGAGAAAUCUCUGGUAAAAACUGAAAACUAAGGUUAGUGUGAUUUCUGCCAUUGACUUUAACACCGGUAAAAUCAAGUUUUCUCAGAUAAAAAGUUUUAUGCAACGGGCCCCAUCAGGGGCGAGCAAAAGACGUAAACGGCCCUGUACACGGAGGAUCAUUAUACAUGUUGCUGGGAGAGUGCUGUGCAUUGCCGCGGAUCCCCCAGUAACAAGAGAUAAUCCAUUUCAAUAGAUUCAUAUUUUGCCAUUGAAUGGCAGAAGAUGAAUCUAUGGAAAUGAAAGCCGACGAUAAUAGCAGGCUGCUCUCGCGUCGGCAGACAGAGACCCUGAUUGAAACUUCGAUCAAUAAGAGGGUCUUCACAGAAAGACUAGACCAUAAAGGGCCUUCAGGACAAAAGUCAUUGUAGCCUUUGCUUUCAGACCCCUUGGCUCAAGUGAAGGGUUUAUACUGCAGACUAGUCUAAUUCGUCUUUAAGCUACCACCUUCGUUUCCAUCCAAUUGCAUAUUUCUUUUGUUCUGUUGUGCAUUUUUUUUUUACAAAUGUGUAAUUUUUUACCUUUUUACUUCUACUUAUAAUGAUGUACGGCAAUAAUGGCUCAUUGUAAUUGAUUCGAUAUCACUAUUACUAUUAUUAUCAUGUCAUAAUUAUAAUUUCUUCAUUAGUUACAUGGAAGUUAUGUAAUGUUGCUGGAUGUGAAGAAGGUAUAACCUUUAUAUGUUAAUCUGAUAUUCUCAUGUCUAGUUUUUUUAAUAAAAUGGAUAUGAAUUCCUAU